ACCUUCUGGGGGGAAGGGGGGAGCGGGUACCUGGUUUUGACAGGUUCCCACUUCUGGCUUACUUCAUCCGAUCUUACCUGUUCCUCGAUCCAGCCGCGCGCUGUCUUCCCGGCUUCUGUAAUGGCGCUCAGCAUGACAGCCGGGUGCCCAGUGCGCAUGAGCGAGAAGCACUUGCGCUUUGUGAUUGGUCCGGCGGCUUCUGGGAUCUGUCAUGUGUCCCAGGUACCCCAUUACCAUUCACAAAGCGCACCGCUUCUCGCGCAUGCGCACUGGGCACCCGGCUGUCAUGCCCAGUGCCCACACUACAGAAGCCGGGAAGACAGCACGCCGCUGGAUAGAGGAACAGGUAAGGUCCCGCUGCAGAGCUGA